AUAAAAAAGAACUUUAUCAAGCUCUUGGAAAGCAAUAUACCACGGAGGAAUUUCGUGAUCUAUGCUUUGAUUUUGGAAUUGAACUUGAAGAAGACACUUCCGAAAAAGAAAUUGUCAGUAAAGAGGUUGGAAUAACCAAAGCUGAGGGAUUAUCAGAACGAGCAAUUUUAAAGAUCGAUAUCCCAUCUAAUAGGUACGACCUUCUUUGUCAUGAGGGUAUUUCGCGAGCCUUACUAAUUUUUCAAGAAAAGGCAAAUUCACCAUGCUAUAAACUUGUUGAACCAGCGGAUGAACAAGUACAAAUAUUGAUAAAACCUGAGACUGCUCGAAUACGGCCUUAUGUUGUUGGCGCUGUUCUUCGGAAUAUAAAAUUCACCGAAAGAAAUUACAAUAACUUUAUUGAUUUACAAGAUAAAUUACAUAACAAUAUUUGCAGAAAACGGACUUUGGUCGCAAUUGGAACUCAUGAUUUCGAUACUAUCAAAGGUCCUUUUACUUAUGAGGCACUUCCACCAAAAGAGAUAAAGUUUGCACCAUUGAAUCAGACAAAAGAAUUAGAUGGAGAGGAAUUAAUGAACUUUUAUACGACCGAUAAACAUAUUGGAAAAUUUCUUCACAUAAUCCGGGAUUCACCUGUAUAUCCUGUAAUCUAUGAUACAAACAGGAAUGUUUGUUCUUUGCCUCCAAUAAUUAAUGGUAAUCUUUCAAAGAUUACAUUAAAUACGAAAGAUGUAUUCAUUGAGUGCACUGCAACCGAUUUGACAAAGGCUAAAAUUGUUUUAAAUACUAUGGUCACAAUGUUUUCUGAGUACUGCGAACAGCAAUUCACCGUCGAGCCUGUUAAGGUUAUAUAUCCUGAUGGGACUCAACAUAUUUAUCCGGAUCUUUCUACUCGUACUAUGACAGUGAAAACUGAUUAUAUUAAUGCCUGUACGGGAUUGAGACUUGACACUUCAGAGAUAAUAUCUCUCUUAAAACGUAUGUCGCUUUCUGCUGAACCUGUAAACGAAGAAGCUAAAAUCUCGGUUGAAGUGCCACCGACUAGAGCUGAUAUUUUACAUGCUUGUGAUAUAAUGGAGGAUGUCGCUAUUGCAUAUGGUUUUAAUAAAAUUCCAAAGACUUUACCAAGUUGUGUGACAGUAGGUAAAGCAUUGCCUAUUAAUAAAUUAAGUGAUCUUGUAAGAAAAGAAAUUGCAUUGGCUGGUUGGACAGAAGUUUUGCCAUUAAUUUUGUGUUCACACGAAGAAAAUUUUGAAUACUUAAAUAAGAAGGAUGACAACCUUACUGCAGUGAAAUUGGCGAAUCCUAAAACUAUAGAGUAUCAGGUCGUUC